CCUUUGUUUUUCCUUUCUCCUUUAGUUUUUCUUCCCAAGAAAUGGUGCUCUAUGGUAAGCUUAGUACUGAAGUUGGCAUCAAAACAUCCGCUAACAAGUUUUACAAAUUUAUAGCUACAGAACUUCACCAAGUGCAAAAACAUUGUGAAAGAGUUCGUCAUACCAAGCUGCAUGAUGGUGAAGACUGGCAUGACACUGAUACAGUUAAGCACUGGUCUUAUGUCAUAGAUGGUGAGGUACAAACUUGUUAUGAAAGUAUUGAAGAAGUUGAUGAACAGAAGAAAAGAAACACCUAUAAGCUGUUUGGUGGAGAUAUUGACAAGCACUAUAAGACCUUUAAGCUUAUCAUUCAAGUAAUUACUAAGGCUAAUGGCACUGCUGCUGCUAAAUGGACUGUUGAAUUUGAGAAAAUCAAUGAGAAUAUUCCUCCUCCAAAUGGAUGGAUGGAAUUCUUAUCCAAAAACACUCGAGACAUUGAUGCUCAUCUUUCCAAGGCAAGGGUCGGUUGAUAAAGUCAUAAACAAAUAAGUAUUAAGGGCUUAAUGCAACCAUAUGAGGUUGGCUUAACUAAGUGUUUGUUCACCUCUAUAAUUAAAUAAGUGUGAUGUUUGUAAUAGCAUAAUGCUGCGUUUGUAUGUGUCUUUUAAAGUAUGUAUGUAAUUGUGUGAUGCAGAUUAAUAAAAAUAAAUCUGUUAUUUUUAGUUUAUAGCAGUAUUUGUUUGGACAAUAA